AAUAUUUAAGUGCUGCUCAACUUCCUUGUUUCUGCUGAAGAAGCAGAGGUCGAGUUCGGAGUGGAGUGUCAGUGGAGUGUCGCAGCAGCAGCUGAGAGUUAGUCCUCUGUCCCUUGCAGGGAGAGCAUCCUCUGGACGCAGGAUUGCCUGUUCCAUUUAUUAGCUGUCAGUCAUGGGUCAGCUGUUUUCUUCACCUAAGGAUGAACAGCAUGAAGAUUUGGCCUCCAGCUUUACCCAAUAUUUUAAGAAGUUUAAGACAGUAGACACAAUCAUUCCUCAGGAAACUCUGGCUUCAAUUGGGUCAAGCCUGACAAGAGGAAACAUUCAGGGGGCAAACUCUUCAAUCACUGAUGCAUUAAAAGAAAUUGACAGUACCCCACUCAAUGUUGCUGUGACUGGUGAGACUGGAGCAGGGAAGUCCAGCUUCAUCAAUGCGCUGAGAGGGGUUGGGCAUGAAGAGGAAAAUGCAGCUGAAAUUGGAGUGGUGGAAACGACCAUGAACAGACAUCCAUACAAACACCCCAAUAUUCCCAAUGUGGUGAUUUGGGACUUGCCUGGCAUUGGAAGCACAACGUUCCCACCCAAAGACUACCUGGAGAAAAUGAAAUUCAAUGAAUAUGACUUCUUCAUCAUAGUUUCUGCCACACGCUUUAAGAAAAAUGACAUAGACCUAGCCAAAGCCAUCAGCCUGAUGAAGAAGGAUUUCUACUUCGUGAGAACCAAGGUGGACUCUGACAUAAAAAAUGAAAAAGAAUUCAAACCACGAACCUUUGAUAGAGAGAAAGUCCUGCAGGAAAUCCGCAACAACUGUGUUAAGAGCUUUCUGGAGAAUAACAUUGAAAAACCACCAAUCUUCUUGAUCUCUAACAAAAGUUUAUCUGACUAUGAUUUCCCAAGCCUGAUGGACAAGGUAGUGAAUACUCUCCCUGUACACAAAAGACACAAUUUUAUGCUCUCCUUGCCGAAUAUUACCAGUGCAGCCAUUGAAAGGAAGCGGCAGUUCCUGAAGCAGAGGAUUUGGCUCGAAGCCUUUGGGAGAGACCUACUGAAUUUUGUCCCUUCACUGACCUUCUUACUGGGCAGUGAUGUGGAGACUCUUAAGGGCAGCAUGGACUACUUUCGAACUGUGUUUGGAGUAGAUGAUGCAGCCUUGGAGAGUCUGGCUAAGGACUGGAAAGUGUCGGUGGAUCAGCUCAAGGCAAAGAUGAAAUCUCCUAACGUGUUUGAAACUCCAAAGAAAGAAACAAUACAAGAAAGACUUUCGAGGCUUUAUGAGGAAUUCUGUUUGACUAAUGGACACUUAGUUACAAAGAAUGUCUAUGUUAAAGAAUUGUUUUGCCUGAAAUUGCAUUUCCUUGACAUGGUGACAGAUGAUGCGAAUGCUCUUCUCAGAGAGAUAUGUUUAAGGAACAACUUGAUUUCUGAAUAGUCUGAAAUCCUGUAGCUGCCAAAAAUCAGAAUCGGUGAUGGAAAAAAUAGGAUACUAACAUUGCAAAACAAUAUACUGGGCUUAUUCAGGUCAUCCGGUUUUUACCAUUACUUAGUGGUCAUAUUACAUUAGCAGUAGCCAGGGGAUCAGAUAUGUGUAAAAAAGCUGAGAGCUAAAAGCCAUAACCUCACUUUCAAUAAACCCUCAGAUCAAUUAAUUACACUUUUACUUGAGUUACUUUACUAUAAAUCAGUAUCCAGUUUUAUGUUUAACACUGUGAUGGUUAGUGUUGUCUACAGACUCUAGAAUCAUAUAGGAGAUGAACCUCUGGGCUUGCAUUUGGGGAAUUAUUCUGCUGAUGUUAAUUGUAGUGAGAAGCUUUGCCCACUGUGCGUGAUACCAUUCCCUAGUUGGUGAUCCCUGACUGUGUAUGUGGAGAGAAGAGCUAAGCAGCGGCAUACUUGCAUUCAUCCAUUGCUCUCUACCUUUUUACUGUGGGUGGAGUGGCCAUAGCUGCCACCAGCUGCUGCUGUGACUUCUUGGUAAUGAUGACCUCUAUAACAUUGAAUUUGAUACUUGUGUCCUCUCUUGAUAGCAAUACCCAAAGGGAAACCAUAACUGGGCUAAAGAGAUGGCUCAGCAGAUAAAGCACUUGCCUUGCAAGUCUGAAGACCUGAGUCAGACCCCCAGAGGCCACAUAAAGCCAGCUAAGCUUCUAUAAUCCACACACUCCUAUGGUGAGAUAGAAGACAGACAGAGAAUCCUGGAAGCUUUGGGGCCAGAUAACCUGCCAUGUGCUGCAGUGAGUAAGAGACCCUGACACAAGCAAGUGGAAGGUAAAAAAACAACACCCAACAUUUGUACUCUGACCUCUGUAUACAUGCCAUGUCAUGUUCAUGCCUGCAAUCACACAUGCAAAUGUACACACACAAAGUUUUUUCAUUAAAAAAAACAGAAGGAAAGUUUGGGGCAAAGGCUCUGUGGUAUAAUGUUUGCCUCACAUGCCUGAGAUCUCAGGUUCAGUCUCCAGAACUCCAGAAAAGGGGUAAGGAGCUAGAAUGGAGAGAUGGUUCAGAGGUUAAGAACACUGGCUGCUCUUACAGAGGACCUGGGUUUGAUUCCCACAUAGUAUCUCAUAGUAGCCUAUAACUCCUAUUCCAGGGGAUCUGAUACCCUCUCCUGACCUCCACAGGGACAAGCCAGACAUGUGGUGAGCAAGUAUACAUGUAAGGCAAACAUUCAAAAUAUUUAUGCUUAAAUAAAGACAAAGAGGGGGAAAGAAUAACCAUAGAGAUCCCAAUAGCCUUACUAAUAACAGAAAUUCCUAAAAAUCCUAUUUAGUCAGACUCCUUGAGAAAAUACUAAAGAAGUUAUUUAAUUCUGUGCCACAACCAGUGAAGAUGAAGGGAUUUCUCUAUAUUGAUAGGUUUUUGAAUGUUGUGAUUUCCAGAUGACUGAUUUACUCCACAUCAAUAUCAAAAGCCAUUUAAUAAAUUCUUUCUGAAAAAAAGACAUUUAUUGCUGCUUGACAUUUCCAAGAACCCAUAAUAGCUUCACCGUGACUGUCCUUAGUAUUACUAUUAUUGACUGUUUAUCUCAUUGCCCAUUCCCCAGCCUAUGUUUUAUCAUCCUUGAAAUAAAAUACAAAUAAAUAGUUAUAUGUAUUUAUAAGACUGAAAGAGAGACACAGAGGAAUGGGGAAAAUUUGUCAUGGCAGGGAGUGGUGUCUUAAUAUUUGGCCUGCUAUAUUUCUAUAGACUAGGUGGAUUAAACAACAGAAUUUUGUUCUCAUACUUUAGUGACUGAUGUCUGAGAUUCAGGUGUCCUUAUGGCCAGACCCUCAGUGAAAGCAUUCUUCCUGGUCACCUUCUGUGGUGUAUGCGGGCAGAGAAUUGUUCCCUUGUCACGUCUUCUUAUGACCCUAUCAUUUGGGUUCCAUUUUAAUGACCCAGUCUAACCAUAGAUGCCUCUCAAAGUCUUUCCUCCUAACGUAAUCCCACUGAAGGGUUGAACUAUUAACAUAUGAUUUCAGGACAGCGGUGGGGGGGAAGGGGAGACAAUCAGUCUGUAACAGGUUAUGCAAAUUAUUCUGGUGGUUCAGUGUCUUUCCUAAUAGAAGCUGUGCCACUCACCAACACCAAAUAUGCCAAAGUAUUUUGUACCAUAAAUUGAGAUGCAGACUUGCCAAAAAAAAGAUAGCUAAUGAGAGAUACAAGACAAUUCCUCCUCUAUUAAGAAAUAAAACCAAAGAACAAGACGAUGAUGUUUGCUGAGAAUAUAUGGAGAAUGCUGGAAUAUAAUGCACAUGAAAGUGAAUUAUGGAAAAUGGAGGCUCCAGAUGGUCAGGUGGAGAAGGGAACAAAGAACCUUGCAUACUGUGUUCUUGAGGCCCAACCUGAGCUUGUUUGAAUGUAAGAAAUACUCUUACCACUCAGAAAUUGUACAUACAGACUCAGAACCACAAGGUCAUGGAUUUUUCUGUAAGGCUAUACUACAGCCAUCAAUGGUUUUGAGCUCCAGAAAGAGUUGCAAUGGAAUGCACACCAUCGCACUGUUUCACAUGGGUACCUCUAUUUACAUAGCUCCCUCCCCUAUGAAAGUUACUGAUGCAUGGUGCCAUUGUAAUGGUGCCAAGCUAAUCACACUUCAUCCCACCUUCAACUUAUGGUUCACCCUCAAAGCCUGCUUGAGUGGCUCAAUCACUGUACCACAAAUUAUAUGUACCUCUUUGGCUAUUAAAAUACCAUCACCCUGUGUAA